AUGGAUCUUCACGAAUUCCUGGCUCUCGAGCCCAACUGCGAUACAGAAGGGCAAGUCGAUUUGCGCUCCCUUGAAUUAGUAUCCGACUACGACAGCCACCUUAUGUAGGAUGUAAUGGAACAGGACUAUGAGGAACAUGAUACGGAGCUAUGUCCCAGUCUAGAGACGGUCUGCGUCGACUGUGGAACUAUGGUUUUACAACGCACACUGAAAACGCAUAUCGAGGCAUGCCCUGAAGUUCUCAGCCCUUGCGCUGCAUCGAAAUAUGGAUGUCAAGUCGAAGUCCGGCAGGCCGAGAUUACGUCUCAUGAGCAACAAUGUCCACUUAUUGCGAUCGGUCCAUACUUGGAGGCACAGAAUACGCGACUUAACUCUCUCGAAUUGACCACGAGGCACCUGCAACAACGGAAUGAAAUAUACGAAGAUGGACUUGCCAAUAUUCGAUCUACUUUGGUAGAGUCAUCACGCAUUGACACCCGUCGCAACGAUACAGCCUCCGGCGCCGAUGCAGAGGAAAUGGCAGAUCGCUCUUCGAAUGUUUUCUCAUCAAAUGCGACGACAUACCUCCUUUCUCUUCAUGAAUCUCUCCGCGAAGAGGUUAACCAGAUGUCACACGCCCUUACAGAUCUAGAUGCUCGAGCCAGUAUGAGUAUCAUGAAUGAGUGUCUCCGAAUCAAAGAAGACAUCGCACAUACCAACGCUGCAGUGAAUAGUGUUCGCAUGCAAGUUCAAUGGCUUAUGAACCCCCGGCUCCAUGGCACACGAACCGGUGUCAUGCGAACCAAUGGUACAAGCACCCCAGGCGAAGCUCGAUCUCAAUUUACGCCGUCAUCUACACCCGGGCCUAGCAGUGCUGCCGGCUCCCAUCUUGGUCCGUUACGGCCACGGCGAACCAGUGAUACUGGACGCGAGGGGACAAAACUGUAA